AUGGGGCUCUGCCACUCGGAGCACGAGCUCCCGCCGCACUACCAAAUCUUCGGCGUCAGCCCCCUGUCCCAGUGCGCCUCGACCAGCUGCCGGUCCUGCCCCGGGGACCCCUUCGCCUGUGAGUACUGCUCGACCUACAUGCUGCCGGGGAAGACCUGCGCCGCCGAGGGGCUCGGCUACCCGCUGGGCUGCCGGAAGUUCUCGCCGCACGUCCAGCGCCAGUGCUCCAUCUGCGACCCGGGCUACUACCUGACCCUGGACCGGCAAUGUGUGCUCCUGUGCCCCUACGGCAACACCAUCUGCGGGCAGCACUGCCUGCCGAGCACGCUCAUCCCCCCGGGGUUCAGCUGCCCGCACUGGCCCAUGGCCAUGUUCACGCCGCCGCACCCGGGCAUGGGGCCGGACCCCACCGGGCCGGACCCGGCCGAGCACCUGAACUGCUCGGCCGGCCGGUGCUUCGCCUGCCACCCCUCCUGCGGCAAGUGCGCCGGCCCGCGCGAGUCCGAUUGCGUCACCUGCGCCAACAACAACCACGUGGUGGUCCCCUACCAGGAGAUCUUCGUGCCGAUGGCCCCCAAGACCAGCGGCUACUCCAUCGGGACCUGCCAGGAGCGCUGCCCGGCCGGGCAUGUGCGCAUGACCCCCGGCGGGGCCAACGGCCCCGGCCGGUGCAUCAAGUGCCCGAACAACUGCCUGGAGUGCGACCCGGCCAACCCGGCCCGGUGCACCCGCUGCCACAUGGGCACCUUCAUGAUGCCGGACGGCUCGUGCGGCCGGACCUGCCCGAUGAUCGGCCACACGUAUGUGGCCGAGGGCGGCCGCUGUGAGCCCUGCUCCGCCGACUGUGGGACCUGCGUCACCGGGCACCCGCACCUGUGCCUGAGCUGCGCCCGGCCGGACAUGUAUGUCUGGCGCGGCCGCUGCGUCUCCACCUGCCCGGAUGGCUUCUUCCCGCACAUGCAAACCCGCCAGUGCCGGCCCUGCCCGCUCGGGUGCAACCUCUGCGCCAACAGCCAAUGGUGUGCCCGGUGCGACCCGGACUUCGUCCUGCAAAAUGGCCAGUGCAUGCAAAUUUGCUCGGCCCCCAACCACUUCUACGACCACCAGAGCAACAGCUGCCAGCCGUGCAGCCCCAACUGCAAGGGCUGCUGGCGCUCGGCCGACAAUUGCAUCGCCUGCCCCACCGGCCGCAUGUUCCUCAAGAACGGCCACCAUGGCAGCUGCCAUGUCACCUGCCCGGCCGGCUCGCACCCGGACUCCCCGACCACCUGCGACACCUGCUGGUCGGACAACUGCCUCAGCUGCCCGGACCUCAAGCACUGCACCAAGUGCGCCGAUGGCUUCUACCUCACCCCGAAGAAGCAGUGCGUGGCCAAGUGCCCGACCAGCUACUUCGAGAAGCACUCCACCGGCGAGUGUGUCCGCUGUGCCAGCACCUGCAUGAACUGCGACGGCAGUGCCCUCACCACGCACUGCACCUCCUGCCCCAAUGGCAAUGUCCUGCUCAUCCGCUCGGCCGACACCAACAAGGGCGAGUGCCUGGUCGGCUGCCCGCCCAUGGUGGCCACCAUCGGCACCGUUCGCUGGCACGACCACUGCCUGGUGUGCCCGGCCAAUUGCGCCGCCUGCCGCGUGGUCACCGGCCCGGGCGGCCACCCGGCCCACCUCGGCCAGAACGGCCUCCCCGUCCCGCAGUGCACCUCCUGCAAGAUGGGCUACACCCUGCACAACGGCACGUGCAUUUGAGUGUGGCCGAGGCCCCCGGGGGCAGGGCGGCAACCCCGAACGGGGAGGGGAAAGGGUGCCGUGUGCGCACGGGCCAUACUCCUCCGCUCUUUUGCCUCUCCUCCUGGUGCCUUGCUUGGCCUCUUGCGUGCCCCUCCCCGCCCCCGUCCAGGCCACAGGAGUUGUUCCCCUGGAGGAGGGGGGGGGGCCCGGGGCGAGGGGGCAAGGACAGGGGCUGGCAGCCGGGACGCUCUUCCGGCGGCGUGGCACCCCUCGCAGCAUAUCCCCUCCGCGGGGAGGGGCGGGGAGUGGCCGCAAGCGCUGCCGGCCGCGUCCCGGCAGCCCUCGGGCCCGCGCCGCGCCCCACCGCGCACACACACACACACGUCCUCCGGCCUGCACGAGAGGGAAAGCGUCCGCCUCCUGCCCUCGCGCCCAUCGGUCAGCCCCGCGACGGAUAUGCGUCCCGUGCGCGGCGGCUUGCGACCCGUCGGUGCCUGCCUGCCUGUGUGUGGGUGUGUAUCUGUGGCCGGUGGUGUGGGUGUGGGUGUGUGUGUGUGGGCACCUGCACGCGUGCUUGUUCCCCUCCUCCCCGCGCACGCGCCUCCCACAUACACACACAGGCAAGCAGACAGAUUCCCCUGCUCUCAUGUAAUACACCCGCUGCCCGGCUCCCCGCCGCUGCCUCCCCUCGCCGCA